GCAACCCGUACCUUGGCAGUCACUUGACGCCUAGUUUAUCCAGUCUGUCACUAGUCAGGAGAAAGGACGCUAGUCAGAAGAGAGAACAAGUCAGGAGAGAGAACAGUCAGGAGGGAGAAGUCAGCCAGGAGUCAUGAAGUGUCCCGUGGUUACGAAGUGUUGCUUCUGCGUGCCGCUGCGGAAAGGAGUGCUGAUUUUUGGUUACAUCAACCUGAUAAUCUCCAUGAUAGGCCUCCCCACCCUGAUCUUCUCGGCGGUGGAAGGGAAGAAGGGAGGCAAGGUCCACCACAACUUGACCAUCGCUUUCACAGCACUGGACGUCGUCAUGACUAGCAUUCUGUUGUUUGGUGUACACAAGAAUAAGAAGAAUAUACUAAAAGUAUACUUCUACACGGGGCUGGUUUUCUAUACUCUGCCGCUCUUCAUAGAUGUCAUCUUCUUCGAAGCCAACACAGCUUUGAAGAAUUUCGCAGUCGCACACUUCUUGGCUUUGGGUUUAAACUACUAUCUGCUCUUCCUUGUAUACCAACUGAUAUACACAGCUGAGGAGCCGGCAGCUGGGAUGCAGUUCACACACCAAACCCCUAACACCAACUAAUAUAAUGUUUAGAUGUAAGCUUAUAAUGCACGUAAUAAUACCUGGCUUUAGGCCACUUGCAUUCGAUACGAAGUUAGUUUAUGAGAUCUGUUGAGUCUGCGCCGCACUGUAUACAUUCUACAUGGCCGCGCCAUGCCGACUGUAUGUGCACCGCAGACUCGAUCACACAAAAAGUGUGCCGUCUGCGAUCUCCCUAACAAUUUAUGGUAUUUAAGGCAUCGCAUGCACCAUAUUGUCACAUAGUGUAAAAUCUCACACGUUUGAUUUAUUGACAUUACCGAAGGUAACUUGUCUGAUGAACGGAGAGCGACAAUAUAGCAUCGCAAAUAGCACAACCGCUGUAUAAAUAAUUUUCGCGGCAGGAUCUCUACAGUGGUUACCUAUCCUAAACGUGGAUGUCAGAAAAUAAUGCUAUGUUUAUACUUCAUUUUAUUUUAUUUAUAAUUAUAGGGAA